AUGAAAAGAGAAUUUGAGCUCGAUGUUAUACAUCCGUCUAAGAAAAAUGACCUUGGUUCAGAAAACCAUGGUAGUUGUACGUUAGCCUCUAAGAGAUAUUGCAGGGACCCAUAUUCUAUAGAGUCAUGGUCGAUUGAAAAGAGUUCUCUCCUGUAUAAUUACCUGUUCCUUCGUGAUAGCCGUAACGCAAUGCAAAACUUUGAUUAUAAAUUCCAAGGUCGGUGUCGUAAAGGAAGUUUCCGCGAGAUGAUACGAAGGAAAGCCAAUCACAACUACAUUGCUGUUGCAUUUUUUAACCCCCAUUAUGUGUUUACGUCUGUCCUUUCGGACAUUCUGCGAAAUCUCGACUCCCAUGACACGGCACUGGUAGGCGUUACUGUCAACGGAUCGGCAAUGGAGGAAAACUGCGACUUCCCAAUUAUCACAAAUGGGCAGACUCUGAUACGAGCACUACAUCUAUUGGAUCCACUUGGUGGUGGCAUAUACCCAAUGGAUUGCGUACUUCUUUUCAAUCGUGAGGGACACCUUGUCGCAUUUCUACCAUUCAGUCCCUUCAAUAGAGCAUCAUUCAAAGCACAACUACUUAAUAUCAUUCAGCAAACGCCAUCCAUAGAUUAA